CUUCAUUGGCAGCGCCUGAGUUGUCGUCUCAAUUGGCACUGGAAAGGGUGCAUUUGCAAGGCUAACGGGGUUGUGAAAAUGGCUGCGUCGAAAGUUUCAGCAGCUGCGUCGAAAGUUUCAGCAGCUGCGUCGAAAUUUUCAGCUGCUUUGAUGUCUUGGAAAGACGAGAAGACAGAUGCUGCGGCCGCUGCGGGGGAGCAGAAAGAGGUAGGGGCCUGAUGGUCAACUUCAAAGUUCAUUAUGUCAGGGAAUGAAAUGACGUAAGUAAGGUCAAGAUAGCUUUCAUUAGUGUAGGGGUCAUCUUCUACCAGGUAGUGGGAACGCCGUCUGUAUCUGUUCACUUACACAAUCCUCGUGUGCAAUCAACAUAGUGACUCAUUGACUUUCGUUUUGUGCUUCCUGAUCAAUUGCAACAUCAAAUAUAGAACAACAUGAACAUCUGUUUAGAAGAAAUGUUUUCUCUUCUUCUAAUCGUUUGGGAAUCAACAAGGAGGUGGUAGAAAGGGAGAUGCUAGUGCUACUGUCUCAUGGUGUGGGUGGCUUAUUUCCAGUGGUGUGGGGAAUUCAAGUCGUGGGCAACGGACGCGAAAAUCGAUGAAGAGUGGAAAUGGGUUGAGGCGAAGUCUACUGGGUAGGAGUAGUAGGAGAGUCGUGAUGAGUCGUUAUUGAAUAAACAGGUUAAAUGAAGAUAUGGAUAUCGUGUUGUAAAAAAUACGGUAAAGUAAAGUGAAUAAUUGCAAAGAGAGAAAAUAAAGCUCAUGAGAAAGCGUCCUCUUGGCAAAGAGUAUCGUUCGCGAAGAGGUGAGGACAAAGUAACUAGACACAAAGGAACUAGAAGACGCGGCGUACGUACUUUGUUGACUGUGCCACUCUUAUAAGACAGGCGCUUCUUUGUUGAGCUUCUGUAGCAUUAGAAGUUAGCAAUAGAAGUGGAAAGAAUUGCAUAUGUACGUAAAAACGGGACCGAUAAUUGAAAAUGAAAAUUCAGAAACGAAAUAAAGCGCGGCACUAAAAAUGAUAAGAAAUAUCUCUCAGAGUAUGUUAUUGUUGUAUGAAAUAGUUUACACAAAAGACCACCUAGCUUUCGAAUUUGUUCUGUACUUCUUCAUAAUACAUCAAAAAGUUCGAGAAAUCAUUAUCCAUAUUAUGAAGUAAAUCAAUGUAGCUCUGAUUGUUCAUCGCAGACGACAAGCCCUAUGUAUGUAAAAGCUAGACGAGUGGGUAGAAAUCGUCAGAGAAAUCUUAAGCAGCGGAUAUCAAUCUCGGGGAGGCACGAGAUAGGUAGAUAAAGUGAUUAUACUCUCUUGUUCAGUAACAAUCGAAAAGCUGCAUCCGCAAUUCAAGAGUCAACUCCAAAUGAGCUUAUUACAUCGAAACAAAAAAAUGAAUCUAAACCGUAAAAAACGCUAUGUAUUGCUGUGAUCUGGG